AUGCUCAUGAUCUUCACGCCAAAGUUCGCUGGUGGCUCAAAGCAGCCACUGCCAGCCACGCGGUACGUCUCCACCUGCGAGGCAUCGACGCCCAUCAUGGUUGGUAUGGAGGGGCCAGUGAUGUCGGCGUCCACAACGCCAACGCCGUGUCCCAUGUUUUUCAGUGCCAACGCCACAUUAACGGAGGAGGUGAAUUUGCCCACACCUCCGUUAGCACUGCAAAGUGUUAUGGUGUGUUUGACACCAGGUAUAGCCACACGGGAAAAUUUCGUUUAUUACUAUGGCUGUGAACAACAGAAGGCACCUCCUUCCCCACGUGCUGCACUGCACUCCCCUUUUGUUGUUGUUGUUGCCGUUUACGUUACCCGCCAGACGUCCGCCAGGAAGAGUGUCUACAAAAACGCGUUGGCGCACACCCUGCAUUGA